GGAUCCGCCAUGGGGCUGCUGCUGUCCAAGCGCCAGACGGUGGAGCAGGUGCAGAAGGUGAGCCUGGCGGUCUCAGCCUUUAAGGACGGGCUGCGGGAGCGGCCUGCAGCAGCCAAGCGCAAGUCCGAGGCUGUGGCCAGCCGUCGGGGGACCAUUGAGGAGGUGGUGGUGCAGGAGCUCCGCGAGGAGGAGCAGGAGGCGACGGCGUCCAGGAGCCCAGGAGGGCGGUUGGCGGAGAGUAGCGGCGGCAGCAGCACCCGAAGAGCGGCCUGGGAGCGGCUGCGGGACGGGCGAGGCGUGGAGCCGGAGGAGUUCAACCGCGCCAGCUGCUUCACCCCGCCCACCUUGGCGCGCCCCACACUGGGCCAGCACCCCCACGAGCCCCCCCAGAUCAGCCUCGAGCAACCCGAGCAGGUGACCAACGAUGAGAUGUGUGACGUCUGCGAGGUGUGGACGGCUGAGAGCCUCUUCCCUUGCCGGGUCUGCACCCGGGUCUACCACGACGGCUGCCUGCGCCGGAUGGGCCUCCUGCCCCAGGACAAAGCCACUGACCUCAUCGAGGCCGCCCACACCGAGACCGGCUGGAGCUGCUACCGCUGUGACAACCUCAACCUUCUGCUCACCGAGGAAGAGAUGGGCAACCUGGCAGAGUCCUUCAAGCAGAGCAAGGUCACCCCAGAGAGGCAGCUGAGCCUGGAGGACUUUCUGCGGCACAAGCGUUUGGUGAGGCACCAGGGGGCCAAAGAGCAGCAGAGCGAGGAGGACCAAGACGAGCAGGAGGCACUGCAGUUUGCCGCCCUGGACCCCGAGAAGAAGGGCCAGCUGGAGUGGGCAGACUUCCUCUCCCACGAGUCAAUCCUCCUGCUGCAGAAAACUCGCCCACAGAACUCGCUGCUCCACCUGCUGACGGGCAAGGAGAGGGAGUGGGCUAGAGCCACAUUCCAGGCCCUGGACCAGCAUGGGGACGGGCUACUCAGCGAAGCCGAGUGUCGGCGCACCCCACACACAUGGUUCCGCAAGCGGCACAAGGAAGCCCCCUCCUGCAACGUCAGCAUCAGCCACGUGAGCCCCAUGUCGGAGAACAGCCCGGCCAGCGGCGGCGGUGGCAGCAAGAGCCAGGAGAAGGGGCUGCUGAGCACAGAGUCGGAAGAGGCAAGCCGAACCGUCGACUGGCUCACCUUCCUGCGGGAGAAUGCCAUCUACAUCCUGGCUGCGCGGCCCAACGGCCCUGCCAUCCACCUCGAGCCUCUGGUGUGA